AUCAGAGCAAGGGGAACGAUAUAUUUUAAACUGAAUGAAGCAAGGGGCGGGCGGGCAGGUGCCAGUGGAAACUGAGCUCUUUCAGGCGCGGGGGAUUCCUUUCCAGGCAGCAGCUGUUUGCGAUUGCGACGGUGGCUGGCUGGUUUUUGAUUCGGAGUGUGUCUCAUCAGUUCGGCGGAUCGCUGCCAUUCGACUUGUCCUCCGGAUGGUCCCAGCCUCCUUCCCAAGGAAGAUGUGGCGGGCAGCCCAGCCAGGAGAUCCGGGGGCGGCUGAAUGCAUCGAUCUUCUGGAGGGGACGGAGGACCUGCGCAGGGCUUGCUUGUAAGUGACUGAUGGCAACCCGGGGAAGCCAGCAGGCAGCCACAGCAUGGAGUGGGAAUUCAACUUGCUCCUCUACCUGGCGCUUUUCUUCAUCUUGCUCUUCCUGCUUUUCCUCCUCCUCUUCGGAGUCAUCAAGCAGCUGAAGAAUUCCGUGGCCAGCACGGGGGCUCUCCAGCCUGGCCGCCACUCCUUGCGGGAGCCCUGGGGAUUCUGCCGCGAGCAAACCCUAUGAAGGAGCCCCCACCACGCCGCUCCGCCUCUAGGGGGCGCCCCGGAGCGCGCUUGGGCCAAAAGCACAGCCCCGCCCCCGCCCCCCGUCGCUUUUGGGGGGGCUCCAGAAAGGGAAAGAACGAGCUCAUGCUGCAGAUGGACCUCCUGUCCCACUGGGCAUCAGGACAGAAUGUCAGGUCCUUGAAACAAACAAAAAAAAAGCUAUUUGGAAAAAAACCAAUGUGGAUGAAAAGCUCUUACUGGAGAUUGGACAAGUAGCAGAGUAACCAAUAAAGCCAUGCAGCUUAGCAAAGCUGAAAUGUGUUUUAGUGAAGAACUAUCAUGUGUUUUAAAAUGCUUGCCACGUUCUGUUUCAAAGUAUGAUUUUUUCCCAAUCCCCACAAGCUUGGUCAACCCAUAAAUAGUGUCUCUCUUUGGGAAUAUGUUCAUGACAAUGGCUGAAAAGCAGGCAUCUCUUUAGAUUGCAACAUAAACACGAAUAAAAUUUCAUACAGCAAUAACCUGUUUAAUGUGAUAUUCAUUCCCACACACUGAUUUAUUUCUUUGUUUUGCAAAAUGAAAUUUGUGCUCUCUUGUGAUUUAUGUAUCUGUCUUCCUGGAAACACUGAACUGAAAUAAUAAUGCUUGUAACAGGAUUAAAGAGUAUUGGCCUUCACUACUGAUGAUGAAGAGACUGGAAAUUCUUAUUUAAUCUUUAUUCUAAAAAUCUAUUAAACCAGAACAUCAAUCAAUGGCACAUCUACUGCAGAGCUUACAAUGUUUUCCAGUGAAUUUAAACAGGAAGCUUGCAGUGUCUCAUUGACACAACCAGACAAGCUCAGUAUAAUUGAAUGUAAUUGCUUAUAUGGUUAUCAUAUACUGUAUAUAAAAGUUCUCAUCAUACUCCCAUCAAGUUCUCAUCAUACUCAAGGAUGACUGUGAAACAGAAUCCAAUAUGAGGUUAUAUAGAUGAUGCAGGGCUCUUAGUCUAAUAGAAAUUUUGCAUAUAAUUUCCAGAAGAAUCUCUUUAUUAUUCUGUAAAGGAAACUUUAAAAAUAUUUUAAUCAUUUUUAAAAUUAACUUCAUUGCAAUACACAUCCAACUGCUCCACCAAAACUUGUAAAUUAACAUACUAAAAAUCGAUUUGUGUGCAAAAGAUGCUUCCUGAGAGUGAUUCACCGCCCAUGAAUUCACUGGGAAAACUUCCAUUGGAUUAUAAUGGACUGGAAUGUCCCAAAUGUUUAUAGUUUAUUGUGUUUAAAAUAAAUGACUGUGCUGGUGAUACAAAGUUCUGCAAAUUAUGAUAAAAUGAGAUCUCCUGUUUACACAAAAAGAGUAAUAAAAAUUCAAAGAAUAUA